CCGCCGCCGCCGCCACCACCACCACCACCACCACCACCUACGGCGUAGCUUCCACCAACUCCAAUUCCGAAUCCUUAAGGAUCGUUUAAGAUAUACCCAAGCGUACAUUCAGUCCGAUAUACGGACUGAUCUACAUGGAGUCAAGGUCGGAGCUAUUGAGAUGGGUGGAGCAAGCCUCGGGGGUGAAGUUGGGCGAUGAGACGGCUAUGGUGGUUCUGGCUACAUCGUUGGCCUUGGUUUUCGGCGUCCUGGUGUUCCUUUUGAAAAAAUCGAGUGAUAAUCGGGGCAAAGAGGUGAAGCCGCUCGUUGUCCCCAAAGCGCUGUCGGUUAAGGAUGAGGAGGAGGAAGAUAUCGAGCCUGACAAGGCGAAGGUCACCGUAUUUUUUGGAACGCAGACUGGCACGGCUGAGGGUUUUGCCAAGGCUUUAGCAGAGGAGAUCAAAGCAAGAUACGAGAAGACAGUUAUUAAAGUUGUGGACUUGGAUGAUUAUGCUGCAGAUGAUGAUCAAUAUGAGAGAAAGCUCAAGAAAGAGACACUAGCUUUUUUCAUGGUUGCAACUUAUGGAGAUGGCGAGCCAACUGAUAAUGCUGCUAGAUUUUAUAAAUGGUUCACUGAGGGCAAAGAAAGAGAACCUUGGCUUCAGCAGCUUUCCUAUGGAGUAUUUGGUUUAGGUAACCGCCAAUAUGAACAUUUCAACAAGAUUGGGAUGGAAAUUGACGAAAAACUAAGUGAACAAGGUGCAAAACGUAUUGUAACAUUAGGUCUAGGAGACGACGAUCAAUGCAUUGAAGAUGAUUUCUCUGCUUGGAGGGAGCAACUUUGGGUUGAAUUAGAUCUAAUACUCAGGGGCACCGAUGAUGCAGACUCGGCGCCUACUCCAUACACAGCUGCAAUUCCAGAAUACAGAGUUGUGGUGUGUAAUCCGGGAACGACAUCCUAUGAUGAUAACCAUGCAGUUGUUGCUAAUGGGGAUGCUUCAUAUGAUGUUCACCAUCCAUGCAGAGCCAAUGUUGCUGUUCAAAGAGAGCUGCACACCUCCGAAUCUGAUCGCUCUUGCAUACACCUGGAGUUUGAUUUGUCUGGAACUGGUAUAGUGUAUGGAACUGGUGAUCACGUGGGUGUCUUUGCCGAAAAUUGUAGUGGUACUGUUGAAGAAGCAGCAAAAUUAUUAGGACAGCCUUUGGAUUUACUAUUUUCUAUCCACUCUGACAAAGAGGAUGGUUCCUCCCUUAGAGGUUCAUUGCCACCUCCAUUUCCUGGACCUUGCUCGCUUCAUACUGCUCUAGCACGUUAUGCAGAUCUGUUAAAUCCUCCUCGAAAGGCUGCUUUGGUUGCGUUAGCUGCUCAUGCUUCAGAUACCAGUGAAGCAGAAAAGCUUAAAUUCUUGGCAUCUCCUCAGGGAAAGGAUGAAUAUGCACAAUGGGUUAUUGGUAGUCAGAGAAGUCUCCUUGAGGUCAUGGCCGAAUUUCCUUCAUCAAAACCUCCUCUUGGUGUAUUUUUUGCAGCAGUGGCUCCACGUCUGCAGCCACGCUAUUAUUCUAUUUCAUCAUCUCCUAGCGUAAAAUUUAUCUCUAAAGAGUGGAUUGACCUCAUUGAGUGUAGAUUCGCUCCAAGUCGUGUUCAUGUGACCUGUGCUGUAGUUUAUGGUCCAAGUCCCACUGGCCGAAUUCAUAAAGGAGUGUGUUCUACUUGGAUGAAGGCUCUUCAAGGUGUUGUUUAUGGAUUACCUGAAAGUGAGUCCCUGUCACUGAGUUCUAUGUUUAAUGCAGUUCCCUUGGAUAAGCUUGGUGACUGUAGCUGGGCUCCUAUUUUUAUCAGGCCAUCUAAUUUCAAGUUGCCAGCUGACCCUUCUAUUCCUAUAAUCAUGGUGGGACCUGGGACUGGUUUGGCACCCUUCAGAGGAUUUCUACAGGAACGAUUAGCUCUUAAAAAGGAAGGUGCUCAACUUGGGCCUGGUCCACUGUUUUUCGGUUGUAGGAAUCGCCGAAUGGAUUUUAUUUAUGAAAGUGAGCUAAAUGAGUUUGUGGAUGAAGGAGUAAUAUCGGAGCUCAUUGUUGCAUUCUCAAGGGAGGGACCACAAAAGGAAUAUGUUCAACAUAAAAUGAUGGAAAAGGAAAAUGUGGAUUCAUCAAAAGCGGAGGCCAUUGUGAAGAAACUCCAAAUGGAUGGUCGGUACCUGAGAGAUGUUUGGUGAUCACUGAAUGAUUCAUAUAUCCUGACACCACUUUGAGCAGUCCUUGUUGGCUACUUGGCUUUUGAUACCAAUAUCUUCUCAAGAAUUGGGUCAUCGGGUCCUGGACUUUUUUCUUUUUCCUUUUUUUUUUUGUGUGUGUGUGUGUGUGUACUCUGUCUUCUAUUUAGAUUGUUUGCUCAAUAUAAUUUUGAUAUAGAAAAAUUCUCAUUUUGUAUUGUUUGCUCUAUUGAAAUUUGAUAUAGAAAAAUUUUGCAU